GAGUUAGAUCUCAAGAACAACAAAAUUGUUUUGUGCCAUCGAUAUUUUUGGGCAUUUUGACCCUUGAAAUUUUAGAAUUUUUAUUUAACAAGGCGUUCAGUUUACUUAAAAGUGUUUUGGUAGUUUUUAUUUCCGAGACACGUUGUAUACAACUGUCAAAUCAUUUCCUAACCUUAAUCAUUUUAAACUGGCGAUUGUGAAUAAAAAUAAACACUUAUCUAAAAAUUUAACAACUUUUUAAGUGCCUGAUAAACAAUUUGCCAAUCUCGAAUCAGCUGAUUGUUUUGACAGUUCGCCUAAACAAGAAACAUGACAAGUUUUUGUACACAUUUCGGCAGUUUUUAAAUAUUUCUGUGUUAUUUGAGUACAAAAGUUCUGUUUAGUGGAAGCAUGUCUUUAGAAAAUAAGUAUAACCUAAAAAGCCCAGGAGUGAAACGUCUUAUGCGCGAAGCGCGAGAGUUAGCCGAACCCACCGAAGAGUAUUUUGCCCACCCUUUAGAAGACAAUUUAUUUGAAUGGCAUUUCACAGUGCGAGGCCCCCCUAAUACCGAAUUUGAGGGCGGGUUCUACCAUGGACGUAUUCUUUUACCCUCGCAGUAUCCCAUGCAACCCCCUAAUAUAAUCCUGUUAACACCAAAUGGACGGUUUGAAGUGAACAAAAAAAUUUGUUUGUCUAUUUCGGGGCAUCACCCGGAGAGUUGGCAACCCUCGUGGUCGAUAAGAACAGCUUUGUUGGCCUUAAUUGCUUUCAUGCCUACUCCUGCAGCUGGUACUAUUGGCUCUUUGGACUACACCCCAGAAGAAAGACAGAUUUUAGCCAAGAAAUCGAUUAAUUGGGAAUGUCAAAUUUGUGGUAAAAUUGCAGAGACUCUUUCUUCACAAUCCAAAUCUUCAAACAUUACCCAGGAAGAGGCUUCCCUCAUACAGCAAAUUGCGCUUAAGGCCGAGGAAGAUGCAAACAGAAAAGAGAAAUCCUCUGACGAGACUAAUAUUAGACAGAGGGUAACAAUAAACACCCAAAGUGCUGAAAAUAUAAAUGAACCCAUUGCGGAUGUUAUAAUGGAAACGGAAGUUUCAAUUAAUCCAAGUACUGUAGACCAAAUAUUCAAUGUCGUUGUGUGGGUCAUCGUAUUUGUGAUACUUCUUCUCAUAGGACGAAGAUUUUUCUUGUUGGAAUGAUAGUGAUAAAUUUUAUUUUAUAGAGUCCCUAACUAUGUAUACUAAAGCCAAAAAGUACUAGAAAUUUAAUAAAAUUGCUUUAAACUUUUGUAGACUGAA